AUGUGUAAACACAUCCUCAACGCCCAAGUGGCCAUCCGUUCUGCUUGCUGUCGGAAAUGGUUUGAUUGCGCCGAAUGCCACCAGGAACAGGAGUCGCAUAUGCUCCAAAAGUCCGCCGAGAUGGUGUUUGCUUGUAAAAAGUGCAAGAAGUGUUUCCGCAAGGAUGCCGCCGAGUUCGAGGAGAGCGACGAGUACUGCCCGCAUUGUGACAACCACUUCGUCCUCGAGGCCGUGACGCCGAAGCCUUCACUGCAGGUGGAAGGCGAUGAUGCGCGUAUGGAUAGCAGAAUGCUCAAGGACGACCGCGUUCGCGCCGAUCAGGAACGGUCGCUCUUUAAUUUCCGGGACGUGUCUGACCGAAUGGGAUAG